UUCCUAUAAAAAUUUCGAAUUUUUUAAUGUGGGUAAGAAAAAUAAAUAAUGUGCAUGAAAUUGGUGAAGCUAUGUGAAAUCAUGUAUAUACCUUGGCAUUAUUGUGUUCUCUCUUUCUUUAUAUAUGAAUCUUAUACAAAAAAUGCGGACUCUCACCCAGCACGAGAUGUCACUUGAAUGACGAAAUUUUAGAAAUUAUAACACGAGAAUAAGAUUGUGUAACGUAAUAAAAGUAUUUGUUGUAUCUAUGUGCAUUCGUUCAUUUUUUUCUUUAUAAUUCCAACUAAUUGAAAGAAUCGCAAUAAAUGGAAAUUGUAAACUGAAAAAUUCUUGAUAUAAACGUUGGGACGUUCAUUCAAAUCCUAUUACUAGAAACGCGCCGCAUAGUUAAAUAACUUAACCUCAUCUGCCUGGCUUCAGAGAGCUUUAGAGCUGAUAAAUUUCAUGCCAUAAAAUCUUAUCAAUUUAUGCAAAUAUUUUGCAUACAUUUAUGCAUAAUAAUGUUCGCUCAAGAACAUUAUGUUGAUUGAAUUUCAUUGGAAUUUAUUGAAUUUAAAUUACUGAAGAUGUGUGUUAUCACUAUGCAAUUAUUUUAAUAUUUUUCGAAUAGAAUCGAUUAGCUGAGUAUAUAUGAGAACCAGAUUAUAUGAAAUAUACUGGAAUAUAUUUUUGAAUAACUUGAGACAAGAUGAUAAGAAAUAAAAGAAAAACAGAAGAAAAGAGCAUACGAAAUGUCUUCGUUACUUCGUUAAUUGCAGGGGGUGCAGCAGGAACAUUUGUGGAUAUUGCAUUGUUUCCACUGGAUACGUUAAAGACUCGAUUACAGAGUACACAAGGAUUCUUAAAAACUGGAGGCUUCACAGGUCUUUAUAAAGGGAUUGGUCCAGUCAUAGUUGGUUCGGCACCAACAGCUGCAUUGUUCUUUUUAACAUAUGAAGAAACUAAGGCUAUAAUGCAACCUAGGAUUUCUACAAAUUAUACUCCAUUACUUCAUAUGGGAGCAGCAGUAAUGGCAGAAAUGGUAGCAUGUUUAUUACGAGUUCCUGUAGAAGUUAUAAAGCAGAGAAAACAAGCACUUAUAUAUGACAAAAAAUCAUUUGAUUUGAAAUUAUUAUAUCGUGGAUAUUGGAGUACGGUAUUACGAGAUACACCGUUUAGCAUUGUACAAUUUCCAUUAUGGGAAUAUUUGAAAAAAUCCUAUAAUUCCUAUAUCGAAAGACAAAUAUAUCCUGUGGAAAGUGCAAUCUGUGGCGCAAUCGCAGGAGGCAUCUCUGCUGCUGUUACAACUCCAUUAGAUGUUAUAAAAACGAGGAUAAUGUUAGCAGACAAAACAUUGCUUUCAUCGGAAUUGAAGAUAUUAAAUAUGCUUCAUGGUAUAUAUUUAGAAAAUGGUUAUCGUGGAUUAUUUGCUGGUUUCGGGCCAAGAGUAAUGUGGAUUACAUUAGGAGGUUUUAUUUUCUUUGGAGUUUAUGAAGAAGCAAAAGUAUUUACGCAUAUAGUAUUUCCAAUGCUAAAAUAAGAAUACAACUGCGCAUAGAAAAAAUAAUUCAUUACUUAGCAUCAAUAUUUGUUGAACGUUUUAUAUGUGUUACAUAAAAUGUUUAUAUGUAUAUAUAAAA